ACCCGACCGAAGUCUGGCUUCCAUGCUUUCACUAAAACCACUUCUGUCAUCGUCGCUUUCUCGGUCCUUUUCGUCGUGUCUGGUGGCUCUAAAUGGACCGACAUCCUCAUCGAGCUACACGAGGCGGCCACCCCUCAUAAGGAAAAGCGAACGCUUCGCCAGCCUUCCCAUCGAGGGAACCGUGGAACCACGGAAAACCACGAAUCAACCACAAUCAUGGGAUAAUGCGCUGGGCAACAGUAUUACUGAUCCGAGCAAGGACACUCUCCAGGAUAUGUGGAAAGCCAAGUCGGUCGUUGCCCUCACUCACACCAAUAUGCCUAUUGCCGAUGCAUAUUCAGGCCGCAGCGUGAACGUACCCACUGGCCAAUUUGCCGAAGCAGUCAAAAAGCUGGAUAGGAUACUCAACCGCAACCGUGUGCGGGCAACCCUGUUCGCUCAGCAGAGGCACGAGAAGAAAGGGCCGAAACGGCGCAGGAUUCAGGCUACCCAAUGGCGUCACCAUUUCGCACAUCAGGUUCGACAAAGCGUUCAACUUGUUGCCAAGAUCAGACAGCGAGGAGCUUGAAGACUUCGAUUACUUUACAAUGAAAGCUUGUUAUUCCCGUCCCCGCCUAAAAUGUUUCGGAAAGCUUGAGGCGUAACGACUUGCUGGUUCUCAGCUGCUACAAGUGAUGGGGAGCCAGAAUCCAGCGGCGAAUGAUCCGAAUCCGUUUCUUCGCCUGGUCGUCGGGUCGGCUCCAGGUCACUCAGAACUCGUGUCCACCAUGAGCGUGUCAUCUCCCGCGGCAUAUUUGUGGAUACACGGGUCAUAAUGAGAUGCACGUUUCCUUCCAAGUCGCCGCUUUCGUUCGAAAUGGGCAUGUCCUUUGCCUGUAAAUCUGAGCGCAUGACCUGGAGCAUGCGGAUGUAUGUUGCCCAGUGGCAUCUUCCGGACGUAUGCUAUGAGGGAUGGUCUGCACUGCACCACAUAAAACGCAGGGCGGCACAUGCUCGUACGACAACCGACUUGGCUUAUUUUCCCGCGCAAUGUGUUACAACAUUAUUGAUGGCCGCAGCCACAAGCCUUGCGGACACUUCGUCGCGCUUGCCACCCGGCGGAAGGAUUGCAUGAGAGCAGACUGCUUGUUCAGUCGACAACAUGUUCACAGCCGCGGAGGACAAUGCCGAUCACCGAGCUGCAUUCGUUUGAUGACACCGCCUGCAUUCAACCCCAUUCGGGAAAGCCCGAGUCAAUGUCCUCAAUGCUCCAUGGUAUCCAGAGGAGUGCUUCUCUAGACCUUGAAGAGAUUGUCCACACACAUGUAUUAUAUAACUAGUGUAACACCUCGUCCGAUCAGA